AUGCGGGCGCUUCGCAAACAGUCGGAGAGCGCGCGGCAAAGGCGGAAUGAGUUGGCGAGCUUCAAUUUCGCAAUAUCCCGUCACGGGACGCGGGAUCCACCGACCAUAUGCCACGCGCUCGGCCCUCAGGCGACGCUCGUCUAUAAUCCCACCGCCCCACAAGCCCUCACGUCCAGGGAUGAGAGUUACAGAGCGUUGUGCGCGGACUUGGCGGUUUCAUGUACGGCAAAGGGGGUGAUA